UGUCGUUUCUUUUCGGUCACAAUAUGGCCGUCUUGGAAUUAACUAGCAAAUUCACAUAAAAUUUUUAAAGUUAAAAAAGUGAAUUUAAUUGGAAAAGAAAUUAAAUUAAUUUUUGAAUAUACAUUAGUACAAUGUGCGAUAUUCGAAAAUAAUUACUUUUGGGUACAAGCAUAAAAAUAAUUAUUUUAAAUGAAAAAAAUUGAAUUUAGCGGGUUAUAAAGCACCACCUGGAAAGAGACAUCGACAACAGAUGCAAUGGAUAUUUUUAGUUAUAAAUGUUUGGAAGCUUGUGAUAAGAUGGAGCUAAUAUUUUAGAGAUAGGAAAAGGUUAAUAUUUAAGCUAAUAUGGUUGAGCAGGGAAAUAAACAGGUUAGAGUAGACAACUGGGGAACCUUUUUCCUUCAGCGUCUUCAAGUGUUUUUCGCCAAAACAGAUUACUGCGAUUUAACUUUGCAGUUUAAUGGAAAUGUCCAAUUGAAAGUUCACAGAUUGGUUAUGAAUGCCUGUACGGAAUAUUUUAGAUUUCUAGAGGAAACUUGUCCUGCAAUGGAAGAUAACACUAUAAUAAUGCCCCAUGAUCUUCAAUCUGAUGUUAUAGUUCCGAUAGUAAAUUUUAUGUAUACAGGUAUGUUGGAAUUUCAUGUAUCUCUCUAUGAAAAACUAUUCAAAGCAGCGGAGAUAAUGAAUAUACACAUUUUAACUAAACUACUUGAGGCACAAAAAAUUCCACAAAAAUCUGUGAGGCCAAAAUCUGAUCCUCCUCAAAUUAGGAAGCAGCAACCAAUAAAAUCACCUAGAUUAUUGGAACUUCCUACUCCUUCAUGUUCAUCAAGUAGGAAGAUGUGGAAACGAAAACCAGUUCAACAAAUUGGAUCUCCUGUUCCUACAACACACCCUACUUCUCAGUUACAAUUUGAUCAGAAAUGGUCUAAUGUUGUAUCUGAUCCAUUAGCAGAUAAUACUCCCAAACCUACAAGAUUUGAGUGGCCUGAUGACGAUUUGCCGAAUAUGGGUUUAUUAGAUACUACUUUUGAGGAUAUUUCAUAUACUAGCAAGCCUUUACUAACCAAAGAAGAGGAGGAAAAAAUUAAACCAUCGUUCGAUGAUCUUAGAAAUAAUGUUGAGCUUCCCAAAAAGAUGGUUACAAAACCCACAAGCAAUGAAGUUAAUUUAAAAGAAAUGGAAGAAUUUGCUAAAGAACAGAAAAUUCGAAAUGCCAUGUUCGAAGAAGUUGGAGAAUUUAAUGAUGUUGGACAAAAAAGAAAAAAUGAACCAAAUUCUCCUUUAAAAUUUGCAGCAAAAAAAAUUAAAACUAACAAUAAAGAAAAUAAAGAAACUACAAUAAGUGUAGAAACUGUAUCUACGACUGAUAUAGACCACACUAAAAUAGUUACAGAAAUAUUGAAAAAGUAUCCUGAUCUUGUGAAGAAAAAUAAAAACAUAAAAUUGAAAAUUAUGCCGGGAAAUAAAGAAACUAGUGAUAAUAAGAAGAUAACUGCUGUUGUUGAGCCUGCAAAAUUAUCACCACCAGCACAUAUGGAAGUAAAGAUACAGAAACAUCAAUAUCAAAAACAACCAGCAAAAAAACCCAAACUAAAACCAGUCGAAGAUGAAGAUGAGGGUCCUUGGGUAUGUAAAAAAUGCCUUGGUGUUAAUGGUGGAGUCCAUGAGUUUGUACUUUAUUAUCUCUAUCGCAAACAUAUGACUGAUGUUCAUGAUGAAGUCUUCGAUGCCCAAUUAUGUAAAUAUUGCGGACGUAGAUGUCGAACUCAUAAUUUGAUGGUGUAUCAUUUGUAUACAAAACAUACUUUAAAACCACCCUCUUCAUAUAACUUCCCUAAAUGUAACAAAUGCGCUUAUAUAGCCAUUUCACCUGCUAAACUUCUCAAACACAAAGAACUCCACGACGAAAAUGAAAUGCAAUGUCAAGAUUGUCAAUUGGCGUUUUUAUCGGCCCAAUACCUAGCCACGCACGUCAGAAUGACAGGACAUUAUAGUAAACCCGGCAAAGUUUGUUACGAUUGUCAGUAUUGCAUGAAAAAACUCCAAUCUGGUAUUGCUCUUUUUACACACGUUCGGAAAUGUCACAUAACCGAAGCCAAAAGAGAUGGUAUAGUUUGUCUAGAUGAAGUAGAAAAUCUUGAAGAUUUAGAAGACGAUGAAGAUGAUGAUGAUGAAACUGGGGAAUAUAUUAUUCGUGAAAAUAUCAAUGAAAAUAUGAUACAGAAAGACAAGGUGAAAAUAAUAUCGAACGUCAAAGUUUCCCACAAUCAACAAAACGCACAUGAUGGUCAACAAACUCAGUUGGUACCAAUUGAAACUAGUUCUGAAGCAGAAGCUUUAAAUAACGUGGUGUCUGGUAUAGGUACUGGAUUGAAUUUAGUGGACAUUGUGGUUUUAGAUGAAAAUCAACAGUACAUAUUGCAACAGGAUAGUCAAAACGAACAAGCUGAAUUUAUCAUUCCAGAUUUAGCACAUGGACAACCUUUCUCUGGACAGGUUAUCACCACACAGGAUAAUACCGUUAUCCAACAAAGUAUGAUUCAGAGUAGUACUGGGGAUAUUACUUCAACUGAUGAAUUGGUUAUGGUGUUGACUGAUCAUGAUUAUCCUGAUGGACAAGAAGGAGAGAAUCCAGAUAAUUCUAAUAUAGUUGUAUUGUACAGCCACCCUGUAGACGGACAGGAAGGACAGUUUAUUACAUCUCAGGGUAACUUAUUGGUGAAUUCACAAACAGGUAUGUUGGAGCUUAGGAAUUCUUCUGCCAUUGCCUCAACAACAUCGAGUCAAAUGAUUGUAACGAAUUCUAUAGAUACACCAAUCGAGUCUAUUGAAAUGAUACAGAGAGAAAUUGAUAAUCAUACAGAACUUAAGCAAGAACCUUACUAUGAGGAAGAGAGAAAAUCAAAUACUCGGUGUGAAAUAUCUAAUCCACCACAAAGUAACGUGCAAAAUAUCGAUACUAUUUCUGUUACUGAAAUUGAACAGUUACCGACAACAGAUAAACCUGCAACAGAAGAAGAAUCCACAAUAGUGGAAACAGAAAUACCCUGUCAAGAGUCAAUCGAAGAAGCACAAGAACAACAUCAAGAAGUUUGUGAAGAAAAAAAUACUGGAGACCAAGACCAAGUAGAUAGUACUCUAGAGGUGAGUACUGAAGAAUCUAUGGAAGUCAGUGAUGUGGAACAUAAAACAGCAGAAACUGAAUAUCACGAAGAAAGUAUGGAACAUGAACAAACUAUACUUCCUGAAAAUGAAACAAUUUCCGACACCCCACAAACAAUUGAAACACCUCAGGAAAGCGAAGAACAAGAUAACGGUUAUGAAGAAAACACUAAUGAUGAAGAGGUCGAUGUUCCUCCUGAAAAGUCUCUUAGUGAUGACAACAAUGAAGAAAUUUUCAAUGAUACAUCUAUUUCAGAUGAACCUUUAAAAUCCGACGAGGAAAAAGAGCAGUCAGAAGUGGAGUCGCAUGAUCAAGGCGAACCUAUGGAAGUGGAUGGACAAAUAGAGAAGCUCGAACAUAUUGAAAUUGUCCACCAAGAUGAUAAUAUAGAAUCUCCUCAAAAAAUACAAGCUGCAGACAAAGAAGUACAGGAAUCUACAAAUGAAGAUCUCGUUUUAGAACCUGGAGGUGACCAAGAGGAAAGUGUAAGAAAUCCUGAAGAAAAUGGACUAGAUGUACAAGAUAAUACGUCAACAGUCGAAGUUGAAGACACUGAACAUACUGAAAUUGAAAUGGAAGAAUCAGAGAAAGAAACUCAAAAUACAGAAGAAAUCUCACAGACCACACAAGAAAAUGGAACGAUUGCAGAACAAUCCCAAAUUGAUGACACAAAAACUAAAACUGAUGAAGAAUGUACAAUACCUUCUUCUCCCAAACCAGUCCACAGAAAGACAUCCACAGAUAUUAAUAAAACAAUUCUAGAUGAUUGGGAAGAUGAUACAGAUUCUCAACAAAGCGAAAAAGUUGCCGAAUGCGAAUCUUCAGAAUCGCAGGAUGUACAAGUUUCUAAUCAGGAAACUAUUCAGAGUGCUGUAGAUAACGUUAAUAAAUUAAUGGAUGAUUGGGAGGAGGAAGAUGAGGAAGAAAAAAAAGGUUAAUUUGAGGAAACAUUAUUUUCGUCCUGUUAUAAGGCGAGUCGUCAUAGUAGCUUGGGAGGAUUUUUUAUUUAUAAUCUUUUAUAUGAAAGGUCGUAUUUCAUAUAUUUUUUGCUUCAAUUAUACAUCCACAUAUUUUUAUGCUUUUUUUUGUGAUUAUGUAAAAAUUUUACUUUUUGAGUUGAUGUUUGAAAAAACAAAUAUUUUAUCAUGUAUACAUUACGCAUUUGUAUAGAAUAUACCUUUUCAUUAUUGUAUAUAGGAUUAUAUUAAAAUAAUAUGUAGUCCAAUUACUUUUUUUUUGUAAUAUAAAUGGAUAAACCAUGUGUGUAAUUUAUUUAA